AUCACACGGAGUGAAAGCAAAAUACACAAGUGUCCCCACUUAGUGUUGUUCCACUUUUUUUCUUCACUUGUCUUUCUAUAAUUGCAUUCACACACCAGAUCAUUACUUACAUUUCUUCUCCUCACAAAACCCACAUCAAUCUUCCUCUUACAUCUUGAUAUAACCUCGAAAUUCGUGUCCCCUGCGAGGAUGUCUACAGGAGGAGAGCUUCUAAGCGUGGACCCACAAGAGCUUCAGUUCCCUUUUGAGUUGAAGAAGCAGAUCUCAUGUUCUAUGCAAUUGGCUAAUAAGACUGGUAACCAUGUUGCAUUUAAGGUGAAAACUACGAAUCCUAAGAAGUACUGUGUGAGGCCGAAUACUGGAAUUGUUUCGCCUCACUCUAAGUGUGAUGUUGUAGUUACAAUGCAAGCACAAAAAGAGGCUCCUCCAGACAUGCAAUGCAAGGACAAGUUCCUACUCCAAAGUGCAGUUGCAUCUGGAGAAUUUGAAGGAGCAUCUGCAAAGGAAAUUACUCCGGAAAUGUUUAGUAAAGAGUCAGGGAAUCAGGUUGAGGAGUGCAAACUAAGAGUUAGUUAUGUUGCACCCCGUCAACCACCAUCACCAGUGAGGGAAGGAUCUGAGGAAGGUACCUCGCCGAGGGCUUCGGUAUCAGAAAAUGGAACAGCUAAUACACUUGACUCCAACACUGUCUCCAGAGCAUAUGUUGAGCCUGAAGAGAAUACCCCAGAGGUACGGGCGCUUAUUUCUAAGCUGUCUGAAGAGAAAAAUUCUGCCAUUCAACAAAAUAAAAGGCUUCACCAAGAACUGGAACUUCUAAAACGUGAAAGCAAGAGAAGCCGUGGUGGUAUCUCGCUUAUGUAUGUUAUCCUGUUUGGGUUAGUUGGCAUACUUUUGGGGUAUCUUAUUAAGAAGACGUAACAAAGAAAAUUGGAUCUGUAACUUUAUGCGCCUCGGAGUCAUCCAGUUACAUGCAAAAUUCAGUAUUUAAAGACGAGACACACUUUGAAAAUAUACCUCAUUUGUAUUCUAUGCAUGGACUGUUGACUUAGAAAAACAUGGUUAGGUAUUUUGGUAAUUUGGCAUAGUUGCAGCUCUCCAAGCAUCCAUUGUGUGAUUAGCUCAUCUAAUGAUUUUCUUGUACUUUAAAAGAGUACCCUAAAGUUUGUUAUUUAGUUGUAGUGUUGUUCAAUCGAGGAAAAUAAGAUAUGAUGUUUUCUGUGUGCC